GUCUUUCAAUGCUUUUCGAUUUUAGAUUGAGAUUAACAGCAUUAUAAAAAAACAAUAAAUACUACGAAGGAAGUAUUUACGGAUAAAGGUCUUGCAGAAAAUGAAGACAUUGGAAUUACGCCCGGAUCGUUCCCUUCUGAAGCCUAACUUCGAUGGGUACAAGCUCUCUCUAGAGCCAAUCCCAAUCCUCCGAACGGAUCUGACGGGACCUUCUCAGCCAAAUCGUAUCCGACCAAGUGAAAGCCAGUACUCGCAUCUUCACGCUCAAGUGUUUGGGCUCCAGAACCUCUUGGUGCGUGAUUCUUGGGCACCCGGAAAUUGCUACUUCGUUGAUCAGAACCGGCGUGUUUGUUGGGUUCAGUAUAAUGAUAUUACUGGACAAUUGAUGCCAGUGGUCGAGGUAUUCAGCAUGGAUAUGGAAGAAUCCGAGGAAGUCUACAAUAGUUCACUGGUUUUCCUAUCUGAAAAGUAUGCCCUCGUAGCAGACGGUCGGAAAGUACUACAUCUAGUCGAUACCGGAGAUCGUCGAAAGGGAGGUGAGUGGAAUGUAAAGUUUACUUGCACUGCUCCAGAGUGGCCAGGGUGUUGCAUUCUUGUGGAUGGUAGAUUUGAGAUCAUCAACGGCGAGAGACAAAUUCAUGCUAUAGGUGCUCAAGUAGUGCAAGAGGAUGGAUCGUUCAAAACGGGUUUGUACUGGGUUAAAGCGGUUCAAAAAGAUAGUAAUCAGCCUUGGGUGUUUCACUCCAGUCAAGUAUUGAAGGGGCGUGGGUAUCCUUACUAUUGUGCUCUUGAACCCAAAAGUAAAGGUCUGGUGAUUGCCAGUGAUAAGCCAUUCAAAUUUGUGACAAACCUGGACGAAGCGCCGAUGGAACAAGAUGCUAUACCAGACGAAAAUUCCUGUCCUGCAAAAGUACUUUUCAGUUGGUCGCAAACAACAGAAGAUAUAAUCAUCAAAAUUCCUAAAUCGGAUGAAGUUGAAUACCAAGUGUCCAACCAUAACCUAAAACUGAGGGCCUUAUCUGGGGAAACAACAAUCAUUGACGGAGAAAGUUGGUUUGCUGGCAUUGAUGCGGAAUUGACGUCUUGGACGAACGACUCGGAUGAAAUUCAGAUAACAUUGUACAAAGCGAAUCCAGGGAUAAUGUGGCCUUUAUUGUUUCCUGGAGCUCCCGAAGAAACUGGUAACCGCGUGGAACACGAUAUGCCACCGGCAUCGAAUCUUACUUCUCAACUGGAGGAAUGUGAUUUUGGAGUCGCUGGAGAUGAAACAGAAUACACUAUCGAAAGGUUGGAUGAUACUUCCAUGGAAACGACACACAAAGUGUUUCUCGGCGGUAAUGUACCAUUGUUUAGGGUAAUGUUAAGACCGGGAUUUCCAGAUGCUUUAGCGUUACGUUACGAUGUCGAUGCGUGUCUCUGGCUUCAGCAAUCCGGAGAGGACUGGUCACUGAGACACGAAGGGACUCUACAUGCCUUUGGCUACGUACAGGCUUCCAAGCAACAAAGAAAGUUCAUGUCUUGCUCGCCGGAUGUGAACUAUGCUGUUAUUUGUGAAGCUCAGCGGCAUGUUUUCAUCUAUAAGGGAAGCUACAACAGUGCAGGUGGAUUGAGAAAUCGAAACGGACCUCAAGUUAGCAUCGGUCAGCAGAAACUGGUUUCCCUGGAAGGAAGCAGCGAGAUUCUAGGCAUUUGCUGUGAGAAUGAUUACACAAUAUUGCUUUUGGAAACCGAAAUCCUGGUGCUGCAACUUUGCAUCGAAGAGUAAAAAUAAAACGAUUGGGAUAUUCUA